AUAUAUAUCAGCAGCAGCAUUAUCAUGUCUGAACAGGAAGCGAUAAGUAGUCACAUACCCGUCCGGCAGUGCGUGGAGCUCAGCAGGCAAGUCUGGGUGUGUGUGCGGCGAGGCAUCACGGCCCCUCAGGCUGCCUCCCCCUGGUGCUGGGCCUCCCUCCUCAGGCUGACUUUUCCUUCAUCCGCCGCCAAAACCCGGAGCUUGUCACCUCUGAUGGUAAACUUGUACUGUCUUGCUAACAUCAACCGCCUUGUAGCGACGAGCAACACCCACAGCCACCCCGUGCUGAGUCCUCCCUGCCUUCAACAAGCCGCAACCCACAGCAAUGAUCACGUCCCGCACUUUCUAUUUACUGCUUUUACUGGCCCCCCACGGAGUGCUCCUCACCAGCAGAACGAGAAAGCUACAUGUUACCUUCAUCCGCCCUGACUUCCCUACUGUCAAGAUUAAGGCUGACUGCGACCCGUCUUUAGAUCCAAUGACUUUCGAGGUUUACAAGUGUCCCAUGAAUGGAGAUACUUAUGAUCCUCAGUCAUGGUGGAUCAGUGGAGUUUGCAAGAAGGACGGUGCGAAACACUGCCUCACCCAAGGCCUUCGGGACAAGGAAUGCUUCGCUAUAUCUGGACACUUUGGGGAAAAUGACACUUUGAGGUACACUUCUUCCGAGCUCAGCCUGGCCAAUGUGACUUUUCUCAGCAGAAACUUUACUGUUGAACCCACAUCCUGGAAACAGCAAGGUAACACAUCAGUGCUUCGCCUCAAGCCAGUGCCCGGGGUUCCCAUCUACACGCUCAUUCUCAAGGAUGCCAACAAGAACGACAACUGCAUCGAAGUGACACUCACGGGAGACACGGAGGGGUCACCUGGCGAGGUUGUCUUCACGGCACACUGGCACCAACAAGUCAUCCCCGGCUGCACCUACAUAGUCUUGUUCGAGCCGACGGACGACUGUGGAGGAUAUAUCGGCCCGCUUCGCUCCAAGACGCUGCCCAUGCUGCAAUACACACAACCGAGCAAAGAAGUGAUACUGGUGGAGGAACUCAAGAACGGGGAGCUCUUUGUGGCGGAGGUGGGGUCGGCGGCCUUGCUGACCUUAGUGGUGAUGAUGCUGUUGUUUGUGGUCAUUCAUCACGCCAGGAAGUCUCGACGAAUUCCAAGUGAACCACAAAGGCCGACGCCAGUGACGAGGCGCGAGACAUCCCCCAGCCCCCGGCCCGCCGUCUUGAUGGUGUACGCGCCAAGCCUUCGCCCUCAGAUGGCUGCUCUCGCCGCCCGCUUGAAAGAGAUGACGGGGCUGCAGAUCGACGACCUUCACGACGUGGGGGACCAGGAUAAGCUAAACGACCCGACGGUGUGGGUGACUCGACGCCUCGUGGACCCCAACACCCGCUUCGUGCUGGCCUGCUCCACCGACCACCACGACAACACAGAGACCAGGCAAGAGCUUCAAGGAGGCGCCAUUCAUUUCCUCCUCGACGACUUCCUUCAGCACCUGCGUUCAUCCAGUCUUGCCUACGACUACGCACGCCUCCAUCUGGUCAGCUUCGAGAAUGAGCCGCAAGUGGAGGUGAGGGACGUGACGCCAGGCCGUGUGUACCAGCUCCCUGCCCACCUGCCCCAACUGGCCCAGAACCUUACCCUCGCCACACCCUCCACCACCAGCAGCCCGUCGGACACACUUUCAGCAUCCUGUUAACACAUAUUUUCUUUUACGUUGUGGCCGAUUGCGCCGUUACCAGAGGCCCCAAUCUCUGGUACUGAUGCAAACACACAGCGCCGUGAAAGCCGACUGUGAACGCGGAUUUUUUGUUGGUUAUCGACGCUCAUUGGUUACGAUCAACACAAACGAACGUGACUAUGAAAACGGCCCUAAGGGAAGAAGAAGAAGAAGAAGAAGAAGAAGAAGAAGAAGAAGAAGAAGAAGAAGAAGAAGAAGAAGAAGAAGAAGAAGAAGAAGAAGAAGAAGAAGAAGAAGAAGAAGAAGAAGAAGAAGAAGAAGAAGAAGAAGAAGAAGAAGAAGAAGAAGAAGAAGAAGAAGAAGAAGAAGAAGAAGGAUUUUUAUUUAUUAUCCCUUGUUUUUUUGUGUUUUUUUACAUCUGGUCUAUAACGCCGGUAGACUAUUACACUGGGGCCUCAUGGUCGGCUCGGGCAUUGCCGUCUCGAUAUCAAAACGGCAAUGUUCGAGCCCAUGGCCCCAUUAUGCUAGGGUCAUGCUGCCCCCCGGAGCUCAUUCUUGAUUCACUGGACGGUUUCUUCUAUAGCCCGGGGUGGUAGGUGGUCUUCAGGACAGCAUGUGGGUAGUCGUAGGUCACUCAGCGAUGUUAUCAUUACAGUAUUAUAAAUAUUAUCAUUAUUUACUUUUA